GAGCAAUUCCUCACAGGGAACAGUCCAUUACAGGAUCAAGUAAACACAGUAUUGGCUACUAAAUGUGUCCCCCUAUUCUUCUCAGAUGUUAAAAAUGAGAUUUCUUCAAAGGAUUGUUCUUUUUCUGUCAUGGAUUUACUGUGCUGCACAAGAUUGUAAGAAUCCCCCUCCGAGAAGGGCUACAGAAAUACUUGUUAGUAACAUGGAUGGAGAGGUCUUCAAGGAGGGAACCACUGCUGUUUACAAAUGCCGACCGGGAUACAGAACUCUUGGAAGCAUAGUGAUGAUCUGCCAGUAUGGAGAUUGGGUAGAAUCUGUCAAGCAUAAAACAUGUCAGAAAAAACCCUGUGGUCAUCCUGGAGAUAUUCAAUUUGGUAGUUUUGAACUUACUCGAGAAAAGGACUUCGUAUAUGGUUCACGGGUUGUGUACAAAUGUGAUGAAGGGUAUCAAAUGGUGAGCCAAACUGACUUUCGAGAUUGUGAGGCUGAUGGUUGGUCAAAUGACAUUCCUUUCUGUGACGUGAUUAAGUGCCUACCAGUUACAGCUCCAAAGAAUGGGAUGAUAAUUUUAUCUGGUAAUAUGGACUCUGACCAGGAAUUCCAUUUUGGCCAAGUAGUGCAAUUUGAAUGCAAUUCCAAUUAUAAGCUGGAAGGACCUAAGGAAAUAUUUUGCUCAACAGAUGGAAACUGGAAUGAACCUCAACCAACAUGUGUGGAAAUUUCUUGUGAGCACCCCAAUCUUGACAAUGGGAAGUUUGUUACUGCAAAAUCAAUUUACAAGGAGAAUGAACGACUGCAAUAUUCCUGUAAUUCUGGCUUUUACUACAAUGAACGAGGAGAUUCUAUAUGCACAAAAUCUGGAUGGAAUCCCAAUCCAUCAUGUACAGAAAUUGUGUGUAACCGCCCUUUACUUGCCAAUGGAGUAUUCAUACCACAGAAGGAUAAAUACCGAGCAGAAGAAGAGAUUGAGUUACACUGUAACAAAGGCUUUCAAGCUCCAUCCCGAGGAAAGAAGGCUAAAUGUACUAGCAGUGGCUGGACACCAACUCCAAGAUGUAGCUUCAGACCUUGUGAAUAUCCAGAAAUAGAAAAUGGAGAAAUGCACAGCUAUUAUGACAUAUACCGUGAAUUCAAUAGCCAUCAAUAUCCUGCACAAAUUGGAGUAAUAAAGUAUUACAGGUGUAACCAUCAUUUUCGAUCUGGUCACCCAACUGACCGUGCAGGCUGGACUAAGUUUGAAUGCACGGAGAAUGGAUGGUCACCAACACCCAAAUGCCUCAGACAGUGCCAACUUUACCGGGUACGAAAUGGUAAUAUUAAUUCAUAUCGACGAGAGUUCGGAGAAGGUGAACAAGUUUCAAUAAGAUGCCACCCGGGAUUCAGCCUUGAAAAUGGUGAAAAUGAAGUAACUUGUACAAAAAAUGAUUGGUCACCUACUCCACAUUGUAAGCAGAACAUAAAUUGUAGGAAAACCUAUAUAAAGAAUGGACGAUUUUCUGAGACAAAAGAUUACUAUAAUGUAAAUGAAAAGACAAGAUACCAAUGUUCAGAAGGAUAUUCGACACCAGAAGGAAGAGAGUCAGGAGAGUUGAAAUGCUUGCGGAGUGGAUGGUCCAUUCCACCCAACUGUAUUAAAACCUGUAAAAGACCCGAAUUCAGAAAUGCCAGAUAUGAGGGAAAUGAAACACUGUUUCAACUUAACAGUAAACUAGAAUAUGAAUGUCUUGAUGGAUAUAUUCGCAGAGGAGGAAGGAGCACAACAGAUUCCAUAGUGUGUGGUGAGGAUGGGUGGUCCCAUACACCUGAAUGCCAAGAAAUAGAAUGUUACAUCCCAGACCUGAAGCCAAACAUCAGAGUAGUUGGAGGAAUGGAUAAAUUUAAAGUUGGAGAUGUGUUGUCAUUUACUUGUCAGAACAAACAGAAAAGAAUCGGCCCCGAGUCCAUUCAGUGCUACCACUUUGGAUGGUCCCCCGACCCUCCUUCGUGUCAAGAGUCAGCCAAAUCUUGUGGACCUCCACCCAGGCUUGACAAUGGCAAAGCAAAUGCAAACACUGAGGAGAGGUUAUAUCGUCAUGGAGAAGUGGUGGACUAUGAAUGUGAUGCAAAAUUUAUAAUGGAAGGACCCAAGAGAAUCGAAUGCAGUGAUGGGAAAUGGACAUCAUUUCCUGCUUGUAUUGAGGUUGAAAAAACAUGUGGCGACCCUCCAAAACUUGACCAAGGAGAUUUCAGAUCAAGUCAUCCUCCACCGUAUCAUCAUGGGGAUUCAGUAGAAUACAGAUGCAAAGAACCAUUUUCAGUGGUUGGAAAAAAGACGAUAACAUGUAUUCAAGGAAAUUGGACAGCUCCUCCUCAAUGCAUUGGACCUAAUCAACUUAAGAAAUGUUCAGAACCUCAGCAUCCUUUAAAUGGAAAAAUUGCUUCACUGACAAAGCAUGAAUAUAAACAUGGUGACUCUUUAACUUAUAUUUGUGAUGCAAAUUUUGAAGCUGAAGAUUCUACAAAAAUACAAUGUAUAAAUGGAAAUUGGCAACGUAUCCCCAAGUGCUUAAAAAAAGAGAGAAGAAAAACGUGCUCACCCCCACCUCAAAUACCUCAGUCUCUGAUUGUAUCAACAUCAGUGAGUUUUCUGAAUGGGGAAACAGUUGCUGUUAAGUGUGAAGAUAAUUACAUGCUCCAGGGACCAAAAAAAAUUAAAUGUGAAAAUGGAGCUUGGAAAUUUGUCCCACGUUGCAUUGAAAAAAAGCCAUGUUCUCAACCACCUUUCGUAAGAAAUGCUACCUUGAGUGCCACCAGAAAUUCAAGAAGAAAGAUAGACUAUUCAGGACCUAAGACAUACCCUUGUGAUACAGUGUUAAAAUACACCUGCAUGGAUGGUUUCACAUUGGAUGGAACUGCUGAGAUAACAUGUACCAUGGGAAAGUGGAGUCCCCCUCCUAAGUGUGUUGGACUUCCAUGUGGUAAACCACCUUUGAUAUACAAUGGUGCCACAACUGAUGUAACUGUGGAGGUUUAUCAGUCUGGAGAAGAAGUGACCUAUAAAUGUUCAGAAGGUUUUGGCAUCAGUGGAUCACCAAGUAUCAAAUGUGAAGGAGGAGAAUGGUCUGAAAAACCAGAAUGCAUAGAUAGGAGAUGCAACACUCCACGAAGAUUUAAUAAAGCUGAAAUAAUUGACGGUAAAAAAACGACUUAUAUGGAAGGCGAUGAAUUGCUUUAUAAAUGUUUGGAUGGUUUUCAAAGUGAAGGCUCAACUCUAGUAACAUGUUCAGGAACCACUUGGAUAGGAGAUCCUAAAUGCACAGAUCAUUCCUGUGGCUCUCCACCUCCUGUUCAAAAUGCUGUCAUUGUAGACAACGAUAAGGCAAGGUACCAACCUGGUGAGAGAGUGCGCUACAAAUGUAAACGCGAUCUAAAAAUGUUCGGAGAUACGGACAUAGUAUGCAAAAAUAAGACCUGGACAGAGACCCCAGAGUGCAAAGAGGCAGUUGGAAAAUGCGGUCCACCUCCUCCUAUUGACAAUGGGGACAUCAUCUCUUUCCUGUUUGCUGAAUAUCCUUCGGGGGCCCAAGUGGAAUACAAGUGCCAGAACCUUUAUAAACUGGAGGGUUCCAAAGAUGUGAGGUGUGAAAAUGGGAAGUGGUCAAAUCCACCAUCGUGCUUAGAGGCAUGUACGGCAUCUCCAGAAGAUAUGGCGAGAAACAAUAUCCAGUUGAAAUGGAAGAAAGAGGAAAAACUAUAUUCUGAAACUGGAGAUGUGAUUGAAUUUGAGUGCAGCAGAGGAUUUAAGAAAGCCAGAACAUCACCUUCUUUUAGAGUAAAAUGUAUACAAGGAAAAUUGACCUAUCCCAUCUGUGUUGCCAAUUACCAUUGGACGAAAUGAGAACUAAAACCCCAGCAUCAAACUUAGUGGAUUUUGUGGCAGCAUUUGAAGAUAAAUCUGAAAAUACAAUAUUCUGUAACAUUUUCUGCUAGCUAGGAUUUACAUACCUAUUUCCUCAUUCAUUAUUUUUUUAAUUUGCCAUGCAUGUGCCAAUACAAUGCUCUGUAUACGGUGGACAUCGAUUAUGUUCAUAGCUGUAUUAAUACUGCUAAAGCUAAGAUAUAUAAAAUUAAAAUGGAAUAGAUACCAAUGAAUUUAGAUUGACUAAAACCAAAAUUGAUGCCUUUACCCUUUACCUGAAAUUCAGAAUGAAUUCUUGUUCAGACUUUACUCUGCUAACAUGGUAGAUGUGACCUGCAGAACCCUGGGUUAUUAAAAAAUCAUACUCUCUCACCCAUUGCUUCAGUUGUAUAUAAGGUCCUAGGGAACAGAUGUUUCAAAAACAACUAAAAUAAUCCAGUGUUUCUGUCAUAUUUGGUAAAAAUAUCUUCCUAAAACUUGCUUCACUUUGCAGUACCCAGCAAUUUGUCUGACACUUCUCUAACUGGAAACCAUUUUGCAAGGCCUUAAAAUCUAAUUUUCAUUAAAUGUUGCAAAUUGU